AUGCCACCAAAAAAGAAAAUUGAUUUAAAAAAUUUGGACCUUACCCAUAUUUACAUCCUAGAGGAAAUUGAAUACAUUAAUGAACCACAAUCUCCAAUUGCUAUUAAGGCUGUUGUACAUGAAAUUUCUAGACAACUUGGUAACUGGAAUAUUAAAACUGGUCAAAAUGGUAUUGUUACUACAUCUCAAAGAGGUUAUAAUUUUAGUGUUAGUGACCAGAAGAAGAUUCGAGCACCACAUAUUGCUUUUAUACCUGAAAAUAUUUAUAAUUCGCUUAAUAAAGCCCAACUUUUGACUUUUCUUAGCCAACCUUUUACUCCUAUAUUUGUUGCUGAAGUUGUAAAUGUUUCAAAGGAAGCAAUAUUUAAUGAAGUUAAUAAUAGAUUCAAGAAUGAUUACUUUGCAACAGGUACUUCUGUAAAGUUGGGAUGGUUAAUUGAUCCAAGGAAUCACAUAAUUUGGACUUAUGAAAAAGAUGACGAUGAUGAAAAUGUUACUUGUCAAAAACGUAAAUGGGAAGAUUUAGACGGUGGUAAUAUUUUAUUAGAUUUUACUUUGGAUAUAAAAUUUGUUGAAAAAAUUAUCUCGCAUAAACGAAACCAUAAUUUACUAUAUACACCAAGACAAAGAGGCAUAGGUGGAACUAUGUUCUUGACAACUGAAGGAGAUGGAGCUAACAGUUAUGAAGGAAUCGAUCUCAGCAGUCCUGAUAUUUGCAAACGUGAGCAGACAAUCCACAAACUUGUAAAGAAGAUUGAAAAAACACGUUUUUUACUCAUUCGGUCUCCACCUAUGUUUGGGAAGACCUCAUUAGCCCAACUAUUAGAUCAACAUCUAGUUAAAGAUUCUAGCAUACGAGUUAUUCGCAUCUCCAUCUUAUGGAUGGGCAAUCCUAGUGGAUCCUGGACAUUUGAGAGUGGGUUUCAAAGACUUAUGGGCAUAACUUGGGAAAAAUUUCAAGAAGAGUGUGACUACAUUAAGACUAUAUUUAUUGUUGAUGAAGUUCAGAUGCUUUAUGUGCCCCAAGGUGAACCUAAGACUGCUUCGCGUCAUAAUGGUAAUGUCUUUUGGGAAACGAUCAAGCGGUGCCAACAGAUCGGUAACUUACAUAUUGUUGCUUUUGCCGCAUAUGGUUACAAGGGUGCAUGGAAUCUUACAUCUGCAACUCACACAAUGGAUGUGUCACCUUUUGCGAUUCCUAGUGAGAACACGUGGGGUAUAGAAAAUGUGCGCUUCACUAAGGAUGAAUAUGAAGAUUACUUUUUACGCUUUUGCAGAAAAUAUCUCAAAAAAAUUGAAGAUGAAAAUGAUAUUAGAUACUUACAGGAGUACGUGCACAAUACAACAGCUCGUCAUCCUGGACUUGUCGGCUUUCGUGGGUAUUUACUUAUGUAUAAUUUUACUCCAGAGGAAAUAGAACUUUGUGAUAGGGUAUUCCAAGGACCCAUUGAUAUCAGACCCUAUACCAGUCAGUUAUAUAAUACAUCCAGUAACACAUCAGAAGACAAGAAGAGGCUAGUUAUGACAAACAUACUUAGUGAACAAGAUGGUAAACUUGAUUUUGCUUCACCCUACUUGCGCACGCUCUAUCUGCAGCGACGUUGGGAAAGCACCACUAGGUCAACAAAUCCUCCUAAAGAUUUCAAAAGCUUUCUCCACGGAAUUUUCACCAAUAUGAAUGCUGAGGCUAUACAAAAUUCGUAUUGUAUUAGUACAGACUAUCAGCUUUUAGAGCACACUUGGCAAAUGGAAUUUUAUCGGGCUGCUACUCAAGUUCUACCUGUUGACAUAUUCAUUUCUCCUGAUGUUGGAACAUACUGGGGGUCAAGUGGAUAUGUGGAUUUUUUUGUGGAUGAUAAUCGGAGUUGGACAAUCAAGUUACUAUGGAAUAGUGAAAAUACAUCUAACCAUAAAAGUUGCUUCAAUGAUAUCUAUAAACCUAUCAAGGAUGUCAGCAAAGAAUGGGCUAUCAUUAACAUUCAACAUCCUGAUCUUUCUAAUGAUAAUCCAGAGUACAGUGCUAAUAGUCAUUGGAUAAAUAUAUAUUGCCAAAAGAAUUGGAAGUCUGUGAUCAUUGAAGAUGAGGAUGGGAGAGUUGAAGUUAAGCUCAUGGGAGAGUAUUCAUAG